AAGGAAUCUUGAUAGAAGGCUUCUCCCUCUCUUCCCCUAUUCACUCGAAGUCUCAUCCAUGUCGAAAUCUUGAAACUCUUAUCAGUGAUGGCCUCCAUAGCCACCUGUUUCUCGGUGACAGCGAAGACGAAGUCCAGCCAUAGUUCUUGUCACACCCUCUCUUUAAAAUCUUCGAUAUUUUGUAGUUCUCUACGUUUUAAUUCUUCGAGCUUUCAGACUUCAAUUCUGCUUCAGAAUGCCUAUAGAUUUCAGAACCCGAGAGUUCCAUUUCCUGUUAUUAGAGCAGGCAUCGAAAUUCCUGAUGCAAUUAAACCUGGUAAUUCUGUCGAAACCGAUAAGCUGCCGUCAGAUGUUCGAAAUCGAGCAAUGGAGGCUGUUGAUUCCUGUGGAGGCAGAGUUCCUAUCGGAGACGUGGCAAGUAAAGCAGGUCUCAAGUUGAAUGAAGCUCAGAAAGCAUUGCAGGCGCUUGCCGCAGAUGCUGGUGGAUUUUUGGAGGUUUCAGAUGAAGGAGAUGUACUUUAUGUUUUCUCAAAGGAUUAUCGCUCAAAGCUUUAUGCCAAAUCUUUCAGGAUGAGAGUUGAACCUUUGCUUGGAAAAGCACAGUCUGCAGUUGAGUACUUAAUAAGGGUAUCCUUCGGGACAGCCCUGAUUGCUUCAAUUGUUCUUGUCUACACUACAAUCAUUGCUCUUCUAUCAAGUAGAAGUGAAGAAGACAACCAUGGAAGACGUGGUGGCAGGUCAUAUGAUUCAGGCUUCACUUUUUUCUUUCGUCCAUCCGAUUUGUUUUGGUAUUGGGAUCCAUACUACUAUAGGAGGCGGCAGAUAAGAACAGAAAAUGAUGGCAUGAAUUUUAUUGAAUCUGUUUUCUCAUUUGUAUUUGGUGAUGGUGAUCCGAAUCAAGGAAUUGAAGAAGAAAGGUGGAAGUUGAUUGGACAAUACAUAGCUUCAAAUGGGGGAGUUAUCACAGCAGAAGAGCUUGCUCCAUAUCUUGAUGUUCCACCAACAGCAGAAACUCUGAAUGAUGAAUCUUACAUUUUGCCUGUGUUAUUACGGUUUGAUGGUCAACCAGAAGUAGAUGAAGAGGGGAAUAUCCUCUAUCGAUUUCCUUCAUUACAGCGAACAGCUUCUUCUCAAAGAAUUGGGAGGAGGGAAUAUGUUGGGAAAAGAUGGGCUGAUUGGGUUGGUGGGGUUGAGAAAUUUUUCAAGGAGAAGAAAUGGCAAUUCAGUAAAACAGGGACCUCAGAGAGGGCAAUGGUUAUAGGUUUGGGUGGGCUUAAUCUUUUUGGAGUUAUUAUUCUUGGUACCAUGCUGAAGAACACAAGAGUUACACCCAGUGGGUUUAUUUCAUUUGUUGCUGACAUUUUUCCUUUGCUUCAGAUAUAUGCUGGCUCCUUUUUUGCAAUUCCUCUGUUCCGCUGGUUCUUCUUUCGCAAGAGAAAUGCUGAAAUAGAGAAGAGAAAUCAGGCAAGGGAACAACGAGCUCGGGCACUUGAACUGCCAGAGUUGCCUCUGAGGCGAAAGCUUCUAAGUGCUCGAGACAUGGCUCAACGGACUGUAAUUAGCCCAGAGCGUAUUGUAUAUAGUACUGAGAAGGACUUGUAUGACCAAGACUAUGAGGCCCGAGAGUGGGACCAGAGAUUUCGGGAGAUCGAGAGGUCUGAUUGAAGCUCAGCAUGUCUCAUAUUUAUUGUGCCAUUUCAUUUUAUACCAUAGCAGGUGAUGAUUAAC